UGUUAUUGGGUCACAAGAGUUGGUGGCUGUAUGAAGUAUUGUUGACGUAAACCAAAAUGUAUACCUCAGUCAUCUUAUUUAUCAUGUGUCUCAUUGUUUUGUCAAGUUCUCGAGCUGAAAUGGUUAAUCUAAAGGUCAUAAAUGAACUGCCCAGUAAUGGAUAUAGUAACCUACAAAAGCUGGAUUCAAAAGCAGAAGAGAAGCUACAACUAAGAAUGAAGCCUGCCAACUUUACUGGCCCAGGGCAUCUGAAGGACCUGGUUGGCAGAUGCUUCAAACAUCGAGAUUUGAAAUACGAGUAUGUGUUUUGCCCCUUCCAGAACCUAACCCAGGAAGACAUCCAGACUUACUAUGAGCCUUAUAAAGGUGUUCUUGGGGUCUGGGCUGACUGGAUAAUUGAGGAUGGUAAAUUUAAGAUGAUGAACAUGAUCGAGGGGAGUCCUUGUGGCAAUGGUAUGCAUCGCUCCACAAAGAUAACUCUUCAGUGUGGACCAUCAUCUGAAUUAGUGUCAGUCAGUGAACCAGAUAAAUGCAGGUACUUGGCAAAGUUUGAAACUCCUGAUGUCUGUGGGGAGAAUGCGUUGGUGGUGUAUCCACGGCUCCCUGCUGAGCUUCGCCAACGGUGGGAUGAUGCAGAACAGGAUCUACACACUGGUUUACUGACAAAAAAGGGUUACCACAAAGAACUGGAGAGAAUUUUCCUAGCUGCUAGUUAUUACUUGUCACCUGAUAUGAAGUCAUCACUUGUGCAUAAGGCAGCAACAGAAUCAAGCAAAACAUGCAAAGUUGAAUUAGAAGAAGCUCGGUUACGUAUAACUGAACUUGAAGAAGAGUUGAGGUUGAAAGAGGAGAUAAUUCUCGAGUUAGGAGAUGGAAAGAGAGAGUAAUAAAAUAGUUAUUCACAAUAUUUGGAUUA